AUGGUAAAAGUUAAAAUACCAGAAUUUAUAACAGAUGAGAGUCACCCUAUUGGUUAUUGUGUUAAAGGAAUUGAAUCAUUUGUUAGUGAUAGUAUAAGAUUAAUAAGGAAAUGUACGAAACCAAAUAAAAAAGAAUACACUAAUAUUGUUUAUGCUUGUUCUUUUGGAUUUUUAAUUAUGGGAUUUAUUGGUUAUAUGAUAAAACUAGUUUUUAUACCCAUCAAUAAUAUACUUGUAGGGUCAUAUUAA